GUACAGACAACGGAACCCCCGCAGGAGACGGUCUUUAUCAAACACAAAGAAGCCGAUGAUAAUUUAACUAUACACCUGAGGGACAGAGGACAACUUUACUAACUAACGUGAUCUAGAUCAGAGGACAACUUUACUAACUCACUUGAUUUUGGACAAAGGACAACUUUAUGAAAUACUAAAACUACGAGAGAUAUAGAGAGCUUUACUAGACUGAUCACAUCUGGAAAAGGAUUGCCGUUGAAAGCCUCAAAGAAACGAAGAAGUGACUGGAUAUCUUAACAAAACACCUGUCAAUCAAGAGAAUACCACCUUUAACGCCCAAAACAUUGACGUUUUAAUGAAAGAUUUACCUUCAGAAUAUCAACCACAACUAAAAGAAGUGAAACUCAGAUCCUAAACAGGAGAGAAGCAGUGUCCAUUUCUACCAGGCAGUUUUAAAGAGAUUAACCUGAACAAAUCACAAAUAAUCUUUAGCUGAAAAACCCACCAUUGCAAGAGGAGCCUACAUAGAAGAGAGGACACUGCUUUUGGAAAAGUCUUGUGUCCAUGUGGAGUGUAUGGAGUGUAUGCGUAGACCUAAGACAAGGACGACUGUGAAGAAGGCAUCGAUGGCAGGCGGAUCCAGGAAGUGCCACCCAGCGUGUAUGUAAACAAAGUGCCAUGCCCAUGCUACGACCAGCCUGGCACAGAGGAGGGUGGGCACAAGGGAGUACCACAGUCUCUCCCUUACUCAUACUGCUCCUCUCCAGUCUGCAGGAUCCCCCAUUAGCUGAUGCCAUGAAGCUGACGCUUAAAGAGUUGAUCUCUAAAAGGAAUGAAUAUAGGGAGAACUGCACCAGGAUUUUAACAGAAAGCUACUUCUCAGGAACUGGAACCUACUGUAACGGGACGGUUGACCUAUUUGUGUGUUGGCCCCACUCAGCUCCUGGUAAUGUGUCAGUGCCCUGUCCUUCUUACCUCCCCUGGGUCACAGAGGAUGACUCCAGGAGUGUGUACAGGCAGUGUCUGUCCAAUGGGAGCUGGCGACUCCAGGAGAAUUCUUCGGAAGCCUGGCGGGACCAGAGAGAAUGCGAUGAGAAACGUUUCUUUGAAGCCGAGGAGAAUGAGGUGUUUCGCCAAGGAGCACUGAGGGUUAUCUCCAUCGUCGGCUACGCUCUGUCCCUCUUCUCCCUCUCUCUGGCCACUCUCCUCAUGGGCAUUCUCAGGAAGCUCCACUGUACGAGGAACUACAUCCACAUGAAUCUGUUUGUGUCGUUCAUGAUGAGAGCCAUAGCCGUUUUCAUAAAGGAGAUCGUUUUACAUGUCAUGUACACCAAGCUACCCAUUGACGACCCAGGGUGGAACUCAUACUCCAACUCAGUGGUAUUCAUCUCCUGCAGAGAAUUUAAUUAG